CCGAGUUGCCAAACAGUAUUCAGUAUUCACACUCGAAAUUAUCGAAAGUGGGGAUUGAUUUGAUUUAUUUCCUCCCGACCCCCAAGAUACCACGCCCAUUUUCUAUCAAAAUCUCGCAAAAACAGUUUAUUCGAAGCCCAAGGAUGACCCCACCCCAGUAGUACCAGUCAAAUAGGCAGUUGUUGGAGAGACUCGCAAGAGAGCGAGAGAGAAGAAAGGCGUUGGAGAUACAAGCGGCACACGCGUAACACCACACCCACAUCUUCGAUUGAUUUCCAAAACUCUUCAAUUUGUUUUUCUUCAGUAAUCAACUUAUUUUUGUUUGUUAUAUCGUCGAGUCGAUUGUCCUACUGGAUUGCGAUCGGCUUUGCCCUAGAUUUCUGUCUUCUCAUUUUAGGGUCGAGUGUUUGCUGCGAUUGAAUGCACAUUCUGGUUGUUUUUAUGAAGGCGAAUUGUGUUAUGGAGGCGAAGUGUGUGGAACGAGACAUCGAUUCUGAUUUUCCGUGUCGUUUAAUUACGCGUUUGAUGAGUUUUUGAGGCGUGGAGCUUGAUCUGGGGAUCCGAAAUGAGCACCGAAAGGCAGUCGGUAGCGUUUCGGGAUCUUGCCGAGGAAGCGAAGAAGCGGAUCGUUGUUCUGAUAAUAUGCGUGGUCGGCUUGUCUUAUCUCAUGUCAUUGACUAGUUCCUCAGUCUGGGUCAAUCUGCCUGCUGCUGCCUUCUUAAUAAUCUCCCUUCGUUAUUUCGCUCUGGAUUUUGAGAUGCGAAGGAAAGCUGCAGUGUACAACAGCAAAGCAAAACCGGAAAAUAUUCAUCUUCGAAAGAAACCUGCUGAAGGUUCAAAAGCUGUUUUUGAGAAGUCUGACUGGAGAAGGAAGGUUAACUCCCCUGUUGUUGAGGAUGCAAUAGAGCAUUUCACCAGACAUCUAGUAUCUGAGUGGGUGACAGACCUGUGGUAUUCUCGUAUGACCUCUGAUAGACAAGGUCCAGAGGAGUUGGUGCAGAUCAUUAAUCGUGUUAUUGGAGAAAUUUCAUCUCGUAUGAGGAAUGUAAAUCUCAUAGAUCUACUAACAAGGGACAUGAUUAAUCUUUUCUGUAUGCACUUGGAGCUCUUCCGUGCAACUCAGGCAAAGAUUGAGAAGCAACAGCCUGGGUCUCCGACACUUGAACGCCAAGAUAUGCAACUGAAAUUUGUGCUGGCUAAAGAGAAAAAAUUGCACCCUGCUCUGUUUUCUGCUGAUGCCGAGCACAAGGUACUUCAGCAUUUGAUGGAGGGUCUUAUAUCUUUCACAUUCAAGCCUGAGGAUUUGCAAUGCUCUUUAUUUCGGUUUAUUGUUAGAGAACUCCUAUCUUGUGCAGUGAUGAGGCCAGUAUUGAACUUAGCUAGUCCAAGGUUUAUUAAUGAAAGGAUUGAAUCUCUAGUUUCUUUAAGCAAGGCCAAUAAAAAGGCUACCAAUGUAAAAGUGCCAGCAACAGCAUCCAAAUCAAACGUGUCUCCAAGGAUUUCGUCUGAUCAUUUUUCUCCAUAUUUAGAUCCUUCUGUUAAAGGUGUUGAGCUUGUGCAAUUCAAAAAGGAUCAAUCUAAACCUGCUGAUCAGAAAUCUACAAUAGACAAUGUGAAUGGAACACUUCUUUCAAGGGAUCCAUUGCUUUCCAUGGAUACCAAAUCCACCCAUUCUUGGAGUUCUUUGCCAUCAAACAACCAAAAUGGUGAUGGAGCUGAUAUUCAACGACCCCACUCUGGAAGGGAAUGGGGCGAUCUGUUGGAUAGGGUUUCUCGCAGGAAGACCCAAGCCCUUGCUCCAGAACAUUUUGAAAACAUGUGGACUAAGGGAAGAAACUACAGAAGCAAGCAAGGAUCUGAUAAAGCUACUGAGCCAGUCACAAAAUGUUCUUCAUUGAUUAAGACAGAAGAUCAUUUGAAAGCAUUACCCAGGCAGAAAGAAAAGGCUGGCAUGACCAAGAUUGGUUGUGCUGAGAGCAGGUCUGUUCUUUCUAGGUAUCAUGAUCCACCCAUGGCAGACAAGUUGGUCCAUCAUGAGAAUCAGAACAUGUCAAGUCAAGCACUGGUUAGUUCUUAUGCAGAGGAUGAUGUAGAUAAUCUCAUGCAUUCGGAAGAGUAUUCAGAGAGCAGUUGUUCUUAUACUAGUGAAGAUGAAGAAACGAGCAAUGUGACUGGCCUUGAUUCUCCUGGUACUAAAGUUUGGGAUGGUAAAAGUAACAGGAAUUUAACUCUCUCUCGCAUUCACCAUCCACUUGAAAAUUCGGAUGGCCGUAAGACAAGGAAGAUGGGCAAAGGACAUGUUCACCAUGUAUUACAUAGGACACAAACUAGGAGAAAAAGGUCUAGAUCAAGCAGUCAGAAGGUGCCUGUUUGGCAAGAAAUUGAGAGAACAAGCUUUUUAUCUGGAGAUGGCCAGGAUAUACUGAAUUCUUCUAAGGGACAUGUGAAAUCAGAGGAAUCUAAUGAUGAUUCUGAUGCAGAAACAUUGGGUAGAAUUCACAGUGGAGAAACAGCUUCUUCCUCUGCACCCUUGACUUCCUUACCUCCAAUGAAUGCUCAGAAAAACCUCUUGUUAGCAGAUUCUUUUUUGAAGUUAAGAUGUGAGGUAUUGGGUGCCAAUAUCGUGAAGAGUGGCUCUAAAACUUUUGCAGUUUAUUCCAUAUCUGUUGCAGACAUAAAUAACAACAGUUGGUCCAUCAAAAGAAGGUUUCGGCAUUUUGAGGAGCUCCAUCGACGCCUUAAAGAAUUUCCAGAGUAUAAUCUUCAUUUGCCACCCAAGCAUUUUCUCUCAACAGGUCUAGACGUACCUGUCAUUCAAGAACGAUGUAAAUUGCUUGACCAGUAUUUGAAGAAGCUUCUUCAUCUUCCAACUAUAUCAGGAUCAAUUGAAGUUUGGGACUUCCUUAGUGUUGAUUCCCAGACCUAUAUGUUCUCGAAUUCUAUAUCUAUCAUUGAGACAUUGUCAGUUGACCUUGAUUACACACUGCAUGAAAGAAGAAAAAAGAUACAGACUGCUCCUAGCGCUGCUGUAGAUCCCUUGCCCUCCUGGAGAGAGCAAAAUAAUGCUGAAAGCAAGAUAGCUGCACUACCAAUUAAACAUAGUCUUGUUGCAAAUGAGUCAAAAUUGAAUAAAGGUGCAGUUCAUUAUUCACAAGAAAAGCCAAAGCCAUUUGAGGAUUCUGGUAGUGACUCUGAUAACGUGGAGAAUAGAAAUAUGUCUCCGGCCGAAAAGUCCAUAAAGGGAAAUGAACAUAAUGAUCUACAAGCCUCAGCUCGUACACUUACUGAUGCUACUACUGACCCAGCCCUUCCUACUGAGUGGGUGCCACCGAGUCUAAGUGUCCCAAUACUAGAUUUGGUAGAUGUUGUUUUCCAGCUGCAAGAUGGGGGUUGGAUCAGGCGGAAGGCUUUCUGGGUGGCCAAACAGGUAUUACAGUUGGGAAUGGGUGAUGCCUUUGAUGAUUGGUUGAUUGAGAAAAUCCAACUUUUACGUAGGGGAACAGUGGUUGCUUCAGGAAUCAGGCGGAUUGAGCAGAUACUUUGGCCUGAUGGAAUAUUCAUAACAAAACAUCCAAGGCGACAAAGACCAACUGCCUCUGGAAACACACCCGUACGUUCAACUGAUGGCCAACCCCCCAUAUCUGUAUCUUCACCUAAGAAAAUUGAGGAUGUCCACCAAUGGGAAGAGCAACAACAAAAGGAAGCUGAGCGUCGUGCAAAAUUUGUAUAUGAACUAAUGAUUGAUAAUGCACCAGCUGCUAUUGUGAGUCUUUUCGGUCGAAAAGAGUAUGAACAAUGUGCUAAGGAUCUCUACUACUUUAUUCAGUCUGCUGUGUGCAUGAAGCAGUUGGCUUUUGACCUCCUUGAGCUCCUCCUCCUGUCGGCCUUCCCGGAAAUGGAUUAUGUCUUCAUGCAGUUGCACGAGGAGAGGGAAAAGUUCGGGGAAGUCGGAAGUAAUUGACAAAGAGAAGACACAGCUUCAAAACCAAAUCGUUGUCUUUGUUUUUCCCAUUGGAGGUACAUCGUUUGUUUUUGUUAAAAGGUUACAUGUUUUGCUUGUUGGUACAGCAACUUGCAAGAUGAAUUUGAGUUUUGGAAUUUAAUUGGAAGCCAAAGGUGUCAAUUAGAUAAAAAAAAACAUGGGUUCCAGAUUGUAACUAGCUAUAGCUUUUGCUGUUGUGAGCAAAUUACAUGUAAAUCUCCGGACUAGAGAAGUAAUUAUGCCAAAGUCUCAUUUCCCCCCAUCA